AAUUCCGUUGUUCAGUUCAUUUUACGUUCACACCUGUGGUAUAAAAUGGCGAUGUGAUUGUGUUAAGGGUUAUGUGAGAAGUGCAUAAUUUGUUUCAUUACGAUCUUUAUUUUGUUGCUGUUACCAUUGGAACAGCUUCCUUACGUUUAAUAAUUAUGUGGCAAUUGAAGGUAUUAUCAUAGGUUAAGCCACGAAAGAGUUUGCACCUACAAAAUGAGACGCAGAGCAGGAGUGGGGGCGAUACAAAAGCAGAAGCUGGAACAAGAGAAAUAUAGAGAUAAAGGCACUGAACUUCAAGAAAGUCAGUUGGAACAAAUGUCUAAACAACUAGAAGUUUUUCGAGUUAAUUUAGAAGAAUUUGCAUCCAAACAUAAAAAAGAAAUUCGGAAAAAUUCCCAGUUUAGACGACAGUUUCAAGAAAUGUGUGCAGCUAUAGGUGUUGAUCCCUUGGCUUCUGGAAAGGGAUUUUGGUCAGUUCUUGGGAUAGGUGAUUAUUAUUAUGAACUGAGUGUACAGAUUGUUGAGGUUUGCCUUGCUACAAAUUAUAAGAAUGGUGGACUUAUUAGUCUAGAUGAAUUAAGGCAAAGAUUAGUACAAGCCAGAGGCAGAAAUAAACAACACCAAGAAAUAUCUAUAGAUGACCUAUUACGUGCAGCACAGAAACUCAGGAUAUUUGGUAGUGGUUUUUCUGUUUUACCAGUAGGUAAAGGUCAAUACUUGGUACAGUCAGUGCCAGGUGAACUGAGUAUGGAUCACACAGCAGUGUUGCAACAAGCAGCUAGUAGUGAUACGGCUCAUGUGUCAGUAUCUCAGCUUCGUGAACAACUAAGGUGGGAAAGUGAACGUGCCCGAAAGGCACUAGAUCAUAUGGUUAAGGAGGGUCUUGCAUGGAUUGAUAACCAGAAUCCAGGAGAAGAUUUGUACUGGUUUCCAAGUUUAUUUGCUGCAUGCAUUAGUGCCUCAUAAAAUACAAAAUAUUCUGAAAGUUUCACUUAUUCUACAUUCAUAGUCUGUGAUUAUACCAGUGAAACAAUGCAGGUAAAUAUUGUAGCAGGUAUUUGUAUUAUAACUUUGUUCGCAGUAUACAGAAUCUUAUUCUUUGUAUUUAUGAUGCAUAAGUAAAUAAAAUAGAAAUAUAGAAGAGGUAGCCAACGAAGUGCACUCCUACUGUCUGUGUUGCUGUAUCCAUACAUAAGGAAACCUGAAGGAACAUAUUCAGAGUCUGAUCAUGUACUGUAAAAAUGAUAUUGGAUAUCAUGCAUCAGUUCACAGAACUUUGGCUUCACACAGUAUUGAAGACUGCAUUUAUUAUUGCCAUCCUCAUAUUAAAUGGUCAUCAGUUUGGUAUUGAAGGCAGUGAACUAUAUAAUUUUCUGUGUUCUGGUUGCUUCAAUCAGCAAUGUGUUAAUUUGAAAUGUUUAUGAACGUGUCAUUUUAUUAAAGAAUCAUUAGCUAUGAUGCAUAGUGUGAAAUGUAUCUGCCCUUAUAAAAUAAGGAAAGCAGUGUAAAUGUUAUAUUUCUGUAAUUGGUGUGUAAUCUUGUCCUGUUACUUUUGGAGGUCACUGAGCAUCAGCUGUGCUAAGUACUUGGUCAAACCCACAUUCUUAAACUUUUCUUUUAUGUGGUGUUUGGGUCAGUUGCUGAUGGCUGAGUAUGAGAGAUAAUGAGUGUGUAGCUUUUACUGUUCAUAACUUCCAAGAGAAAGUUGCUUGAGAUUUCCACUCUUGAUAAUAAAUAAAUAAAUAUAUAUAUAUAAAUUUUAUUUUGCAGUUUCAUGAAAAGUAUGUAAAAAUUACAAAAGUAUUGUCAUAAAAUGUCUGUACAUUAUUGUUGAAUGUAAUAUUGUUUCAAACACAUGAAGUCAACAGAUGUCAUAAUUUGGUCUCAUCCAUUUUAUGUGGUACCAUCAAAUGUUCAGGGACAGGAAUCAUGUCUCAGAUCUGACCACUUUAAGAAGCCCUUACGCAGAGUUGCCUUCAAAAUAUUGGCUUUCAGUAGUUAAACAUCUCUGGACUCCACCAUGUAUGACGUACUACUACAUAGUCUCACUCGAACUCCUGCUGCAUCCAUGAGGUGACAUCCCUUCAGCCAGCUUCGUCCUACCUGUUAUGAUGGCUGUUUUCUUGUCUGACCCAGAACUUUUGAAGCUACCACAUAAAAAAACAUUUAAUAUAAUUUUAAGUAUAUAAAAUAAAACUUCAAGUUGGCCUGCAUUUAGGAGGCAAUGUUCCCUUAAAAUGACAUGUUUUACAUAUUUUGCUAAACAUUACCUUUCAUAUGACUCCAUACCCUUCAUUCAGCAGUGCAUGGGUAUCAAGUGAGGUCAUACCUCCAGAGUAAUAAAUGUGCCAGCAUCAAAGAUAAACAUAUUUUCUGAGAAUUAAUGAAAUAUAAAUGUACAAAAAUAAAUAGUAAUGCAAAUUA